AUGAAGUGGUGGUGGACUUGCGAGCCCACAUACGUUGUUACGAAUAUCUUCCUCAAGAUGAGCAUCGGGAUCUUCCUUCUGCGCAUUGCCCAGGAUAGAACUCAUCGCAUGAUUCUUUGGGUCGCCCUCAUCGCCAUCCAAGUAUACAGCGUGUACUUCUUCUUUGUCUUCACCUUCCAAUGCUGGCCUGUCUCGUUCUUCUGGGAACAGUUCCGCGGCGGCAAAGGACAUUGCAUCCCCUCUAGGUUCGUCGUGAACUCGUUCUACGGCUACUCUGCACUGUCCUGUGUUACAGACUGGACCUUCAGUAUUGUUCCUAUCUUCAUCGUGCACAACUUGCAGAUGGACAAAAGGAAGAAGAUGACGGUGGUUGUUGUACUCGCCUGCUGCGCUAUUGGCUCCACCGCAACAGUCGUCCGCAUCCCAUUCAUAAACGGCCUCAACGAUAUACCCGACUUCCUAUACACUACCACCGACGUCGCGAUAUGGUCUACCGUCGAAACCGGAAUCGGCCUUGCGACCUCCGCCGCCGCCACGCUCCGUCCCUUACUCCGCCAGGUGUUUGGUGAAAUUUCGACGCAUGGUAGCGCCUCUCGCAAGCACUCGCGCCGGUGGAACUCGGGACACCCGUCACGCUCAGGGUACCUGGAACAGGCAAGUCAACAAGGUGGAACCGGUAUCCAGCUCAGUAAUCACGAUUCGAAACACCAUACUGUCCAUGUCACCAGCGGGAAUGCGAGUCCAAGUGGGAGUACGAUCGAGUUGAACAUGGAGUGGGAGCAGGACAAAUAUAAUGCGUCGGCUGAUGCAGCUGCAGCGGGGCACAAUGGGAUUAUGAGGACGGUGAAGAUUACGCAGAUGUAG